ACACAUUUAUAAAUUCUGCUCGGUCAACAGUCAUCAUAUAUACAACAUGUCUGUAUCUUCUUCUGCUCUUUUUGAACCUACUCAAGUUGGACUUUGCCAACUGAAGCACCGUGUCAUUCUUGCUCCUUUGACUCGGUUACGAUGCGAUCAAGACCGUACGCCCACGGAUAUGGUGGCCGAAUACUACGAGCAGCGAACAACUGAAGGUGGCCUGAUCAUUACCGAGGCUACGGGUGUGUCCCCUAACGCCGGCAUUUAUCCUGGUGGCCCGGGUCUAUAUACAGAAAAGCAGAUUGAAGGCUGGAAGAAAAUUGUACAAACGAUCCACAACAAGGGCGGUUUCGUGUUUGCACAGCUCUGGCAUCCAGGUAGAGCAAGCGAUGCAGCAUUUAUUAAGGACAAUGCUACGCCUAUAUCAGCCUCUGCUGUGGCUAUUAAGGAUGUAUGCAUCUUCAGUGGCAAACCGUUUGCCGUACCACGUGAAAUGACUUUGAAGGAUAUCAAACAAACAAUUCAAGAAUUUGCACAGGCGGCCAAGAAUGCCAUUGCUGCUGGCUUUGACGGAGUUGAAAUCCAUGCUGCUAAUGGCUACAUCAUUGAUCAGUUCAUCAACACGUCGAGCAACUUCCGCACAGACGAAUAUGGUGGUUCUUAUGAAAACCGUGCACGCUUCUGCCUUGAGCUGACAACGGCGGUUGUAGAAGCAGUCGGUGUGGAGCGCGUUGCUGUUCGCUUGUCACCUUGGUCCGAGUUUCAGGAUAUGGAAGACAAAACACCGUAUGAUACGUGGUCGUACAUUGUGAGCGAAUUACAGGCUCAUCAUGCUAAGCUGGCAUACAUCCACUUCAUUGAACCUCGUGACGAUUAUGGCCGCAAAACAAAGAACGAUACCGUGAACACCUUGGAUCCUUUCCGUGCCAUUUGGAAGGGACCAUUCGUCUCUGCUGGUGGCUACACUACCAACCCAUCGCUCGCUGCCAAAAUCGCGGAUGAAACGGGCAAUCUGAUAGCAAUUGGACGUGCAUACAUUGCUAACCCAGAUCUUGUCCACCGACUCCAGCACGGUUUGCCCUUGACAAAGUAUAUCCGUGACACUUUCUACACUCAUGAUGCCGAAGGUUAUACUGACUACCCAUUUUAUCAAGAGGAUGCAAAGGUUUAAUAUAAAUUUGAAGGUGACUGCUCCUCACCUAGAAAAGACACUUAACUCUACGUAUCAAACCAAUCAUUGUAUUUCUAUAUAUCGCAUUGUUAAAAACUUCAUACAUUUGAAUAUAUACCAGCGAAAGUGAUUAUCAUCUU